AUGGCGCAGGUGCGACAGUCCGCACAGAAGGCCAUCAAUGGCAUCACGAAUGGAUACGAAAAUGGCUAUGCGAAUGACCACUCACUGAGCCCAAGUGACCCAAAAACAGAGCGGUCGAGAUGGCGACUGCUCGACGAGUCUGGGCGGCAUACCUGGCAUUAUCUCAAGACAGACAAGGAGUUGGAGGAAUGGCCACAGACAACGGCCGACAAGUAUCACUUGGGGUUACCGGUUGACCUGCCCGACCUUCCUCCCGCCUCGAGACCGUCCGACUCGAUAGAUAAUUGCCUAUCCUUCUAUUCAAGACUGCAACUCCCCCCGGGAAACUGGGCCUGCGAAUAUGGCGGGCCUCUCUUCCUCAUGACCGGUAUCGUGUGCACUUGGUACAUCACCGGCACACCCAUCCCACCCGAGUACCAGAUUGAGAUGAGAAACUAUCUAUUUGCGGUACAAAAUGAAGACGGCGGAUGGGGCUUGCAUGUCGAAGGCCACAGUUCAGUCUUCGGGACAGCCAUGAACUACACGGUCCUGCGCAUCCUUGGAGCUAGCGAGGAAGACGCUCGAGUGAUCAAAGCAAGAGGCAGACUCCAUCAAUUGGGCGGCGCCGUCAAUGGUCCGCACUGGGCCAAGUUCUGGCUCAGCGUUUUGGGCGUCACACAAUGGGACAUCGUCAAUCCUGUGCCUCCUGAGCUGUGGCUACUACCUGACUGGGCGCCCAUCGCCCCCUGGCGCUGGUGGAUUCAUAUGCGUCAAGUUUUCCUGCCCAUGUCGUACAUCUGGUCCAAGAAAUUUGUGAUGCCCGAGAACGCCCUCGUACGAUCACUACGACAAGAACUCUUCGUCCAGCCAUACGAGUCCAUCGAUUUCGCCUCUCAUCGCAAUUCAAUCGCCCCAGAAGACAACUACCAUCCAAAAUCUUGGCUUCUAAAUCUCAUCAACAUUAUUCUCAUCUGGGUAUGGAUCCCCUUCCUACGAACACGAUCCAUCAUUGAAAAGGCCGAAGCCUGGACCUGGCGACUUGUGCAAUACGAAGACCACAACACAGACUAUGCGGACCUUGCACCCGUCAAUGCCCCUAUGAACACACUAGUAUGCUUCAUCAAAGAAGGCCCGGACAGUCACAGCUUCAAACGCCACCUGUACCGGCUAGAGGAGUACCUCUGGGUGAAUAAAGACGGCAUGCUGGUCAAUGGCACAAACGGUGUCCAAGUCUGGGAUACUGCCUUCUCGAUCCAAGCAUGCUGUGAAGCCGGUCUGGCCAAUGCGCCGAAAUGGAAACUAAUGCUUCAGUCUGCAUUACAAUACCUCGAAUCCGAACAGAUACGGGAAGAAGUCCCCGACCGAGAGAUCUGCUACCGCCAACCUCGCAAGGGUGCAUGGCCUUUCUCGACCAAGCUACAAGGGUACACCGUCAGUGACUGCACGUCCGAAGCACUGAGAGUUGUCCUCCUUCUGCAGAAUCAGUACAACUACCAGCGCAUCAUCUCCGACGAACGCAUCUUCGACGCUGUCAACGUGUUACUGACCAUGCAAAACAAACAUACCGGCGGAUUCGCGAGUUACGAGCCUCAGCGUGGCUCCGAAUACCUGGAAAUGCUAAAUGCGGCGGAGGUCUUCGGCCGGAUCAUGGUCGAGUACGACUACCCCGAGUGUACCACUGCGGUCGUCACCGUGUUGAGCCUCUUUCAGAAGCACUAUCCGGACUAUCGCGCGCAGGAGAUCGCAGCGAUCAAGCAAUCGGCGUUGGACUACAUUCGACGAGCCCAGCGCGAAGACGGCUCAUGGUACGGUAGCUGGGGCAUCUGCUUCACCUACGCGGCCAUGUUCGCGCUCGAAUCGCUGAGCUCCGUCGGCGAAACGUACAAGAAUUCCUCCCGCGUCCGGAAGGCGUGCGACUUUCUCAUCGAGAAGCAGAUGCCCGACGGCGGUUGGGGCGAGAGCUACCGCGCGUCUGAACUCAAAGUCUGGGUCGAUCAUCCUGAGAAGUCGCAGGUCGUGCAGACAUCUUGGGCAGUGAUUGCCCUCAUGUACGCCGGGUAUCCAGUCGAGGACCCCAUCAAGCGAGCGAUUCAGAUGAUCAUGCGGCGGCAGCAGGCGAAUGGCGAAUGGUUGCAGGAAGCCAUCGAGGGUGUCUUCAACUGCAGCUGUAUGAUCACGUACCCGAACUAUAAGUUUUACUUUCCUGUCAAGGCCAUGGGCAUGUAUAUCGCAAGAUGGGGAGAUAAUCAGCUGGUAUGA